AUUUGUUAAGCUGGAGUGAGCUAAUUAAGCGUUACGAGGCCAUCAGCAACGCCCAGCACCAGGAGACAAAUCAUGAUGAUGAUCAGCAAAUGUCUGUGGAGAUCGCAAGGCUGAGGCGUGAGUGUGACCAACUCAAGGCCAACAUAAGGAGGCAGACCGGAGAAGACCUUGCAUCCGCCAAUACCGAUGAGCUUGACAAUCUGCAGAAGCAGCUCGAGUCUACACUAGGCAAAGUCCGUGACAGGAAAGAUGAGCUACUGAACCAGCAGCUGGACGAAUCACGGCGCAAGGUGCACAUCUUGGAGGACCAUAACCGUCGCCUGCGCCAAAUGAUCAACGAAGGCGGGCACCAUCGUUCUUCCGUGGAGGCACCGUUGGUGGCUGCAGUGGAUAUGGCGUCACCAGCGACAGCUUCCGGGGCUUGGAGGCGUCUGAGGAUCGGAGCCAAGGUUGAAGACGACCCAAAAGUGGAGCUGCUCUACUACAGAGACAUCAAAGCGGCAACAGUUGGCAUCGGUGCUCUUUCUUUGCAGCUCCGCACGACAACAUUUCUAGCGGAAGAGGAGGCAUGGAAAGGAAUGGAGGCGGAGCUGGACGGCCGGUUAAAGACGUGCGUCUAG